UAUUUUUCAGUGAGAAGAUUGCCUGUGAUCAGAAGGAGGAAGACCGCAGAAUACAGCGUUGUGCUUAAGAGUCUGUGGUCGCCGAGCAAGGAGCUGUUACAUCAGUUGCCUUCUGGUAGUUUUACUUUUUUUGGCAGUAGAACCACUGUGUGGUGUGUGGCCUCUCCUGCCUGCAUUGAGAAAGAAGGCUGAAGGCUGUAGUGAAUCACCUGUACAGUUCUUCUGCUUGAGAAAGAAAACUCUUCAACCAUGGCAAACCAGGCAUUUUCCCCAGAGGCUGCUUUCCCUCAUGGGAGGCGGAGGGACAAAUGGGACCCCAGGCUUCUUUCAAGGGCAAGCAGGAUUUACUGGCGAAGAGAGAAGCUCUGCAAGCCUACAGCUGGUGGAGAACACCACAGAAAAAACGGAAGAAAAAGAACAAAAUAAAACCGGGAAGAAUAGAGUUUGUUCCUAGUAGCACUAAUACUUCAACCAGACCAGAUUAUUCAAUAUUUGUUGGGGAGCUUACCCCAGAAGUGGAUGACUUUCAGCUCUAUGACUAUUUCCUGAAGAGGUACCCUUCGUGUCUUGACUGCAAGAUAGCGACAGAUCUCCUGGGCUAUUCCAGAGGGUAUGCCUAUGUCAGAUUUGGUGAACAAGGUGAUCAGAUGAGGGCACUGCAAGACUGCCAGAAUGCGCCAGGUCUGGGGGGAAAACGAAUUCGGCUGAGCAUAGGAAUUUCUAAAAGGCUGAAAGCAGAAUUCCAGCGGUACCCGUCAUAUAACUAUAAUGAUUAUUACCAAGAUUAUCAGAAUUACUACUCGCAGUGGAAUUAUGAUCCUUAUGCUGACUACAACUAUAGCUCCUAUGCUCCCUAUGAUAGUAUGCAGGCUGUUGGAGACUGCUCUUUAGGAGAUGCUGUUAUGGCUCCUGCUGUUUUUGAGGAUACUUCAGCUAUGGUUGAAAUCAGUGAUGACCUAAUAAUUGAAGAUCCCCAACUUCACUUGGAUAUUGAUGAAAUGAACAGACAAUUUAUGGAGACAAGUGAAGAAUUCUAUGAUUCGCUCAUGAAUUGUCACUGGCAACCUCUGGAUACGGUCACUUCUGACAUCCCCUUUGCUAUUUAAGUGUCUUAUAUAGCAUGACCGUUAUGACCAAGGAUGCUCUUGGACCAACAGCUUCUUUCUAGCACUACCUCAAAGUAAACUUGCAGAUCUAACUCACAGGGAAGACUCAUCAAAUGCUGAUGAUCCCUCUCAUUCGGAUGGAUAUAUAUAUUUUUUUGCCUUUGCCUUUUGUUUUGGCUUACUUUUAAUGAUGCAUAUUUAACUUCAGUGACUCAUGUUAACAGACAUUGUUUGAGUACAGCUGUAAGCAUUUCUGAGUCAUAAGUUUCAUUAAAGGCGUGUCAUUAUAUAGAAAUGGUUCUAAAUAAGUAAAAUGUACGUAAAGUAAGUAAAUAAAAUAGCAUAUGACUUUACAGAG